CUUCCCGCUCGGGCCGCGGGCCGGGGACGGCCCGGGGCUGCAUGGCCUCGCCCGCGCGCCGCCGCUGAGCCCUGGGCCGGAGCCGGAGCCAGAGCCGGAACUGCAGGAAGAAGAUGAAGUGAUCUUCAUCCGUUUUUAUCUAUACCUGAAUUUCUAUAAAAACACAUAAGUAGUCAUCCUGGGCACCUUCAGUGAUUCCACUCCUCACCAAAAAUACCCUCAGCGCUGCUCUGGGACGCGCCUCUGUUGGAUUUAAUUUACAGUCAUCAACCUCGGCUUUUAGCGAUGGACUCGCAGACAGGAAAGAAACCUUUCCUGCUACUUAAUCUCACAGACCCCGUCCUCUAUCUCAGCCGGCAUUGUAUCCGGCCACUUUGAAAUGCACCUGGCUGGCCUCUUUGACUUGAGGAAGUGUUUCCUUGGAAAUGGGGGUGAGCGCUGAAUAAUAGUCCGCCGUCUGGAUGUCCUACAGUUUAUUUACCCAUUCGCCCCCUGAAGGGCAUCUUGGAUCACUUUUAAUUGUCUCUCUGGUCCUCUCUGAUGGGAAGUAGCCAGUAAGCAAAGCCAGCUGCUGACCUCUGACCUCUCUGUGAGUUGCCUGGAAGAGGGGGUGUUGCCGCCCGGACGCUUGUACCGUGUUGUCCCCCAGUUCCGAGAGCCCUGGACUGUGCAGGACGUUGCUCCAGAACGAUGCAGCCUUCUGUUCAGGGAACACCUGAAACACUUCACGUGGAAACCAUCCCCACAGCGGUGACACACUGCGGAGUUGGUGAUGGGCGACAGGGAGAAGGACGGCCCCGGGCUGUGGUCUCCUGGGGCCCGAGGGUGCGCACCCCAGGCCAGAGGCGGUGCAAGGCCCUCGCUGGGCUCCCUGGGAAGUCUCUGUGCCUGUCCAGCCAAUGUGCCUUUGCCUACACCACUUAAUUUUCCUUUCAGAGACAAGACCAGUAAUUCUUAACCUGGGCUUAGAACACGUAGAGUGUCAUGGGGUCUGUAGCUAUUUCAGAAUGCCGCCAAAUUCUCCAAACACAACCCACACACUGCGUUUUUGAGAGUGAGCUCUGCCUCUGGACUCAGCAGUAGGAUUGACGCUCGGGGCCCUGAGCCACGUUCUGAAGCAGAGCCCCGCCCGGAGGUUCUGGUAGCCAGCGUGGGGGCUGCUUGGACCUGGACCCGGUCUGUUCACCCCUGUGCUGCAGCCUCACCGCUAGGCCUUCAUUUCCCCAUCUGUAAAUGAGAUGAUUUUGGAUCCUUUUCAUCUUGACAUUCAGAGGAUAGUCCUGGGUCAGGGUCUACAAAAGAUUGCUGUAAAAUCUGGAAUAGUGCAUCUUACUCUUGCCGAGCAAAAAGGACAAAGUCCCAGUCAUGCCCCAGCCCGGGGAACAUGGGCCCCUCGUGUCGGUGUCCGCGUCCCGCAGCCGGCGGGCACUCUCUGCUGGCCUCCACAAGUCUCAAGGGGAGCCGAAUGGACAGACAGGCCCACCAGGCGGACCAGGCGGGCCAGGCCCACCACCCUGCUCCAGUCUCCUCUGUGCUCCUGAUGUGGAACCACGCGGCCCUGGGCGUCGGCUGCCAGCAGGGAGACAGACAGAAAGCCAGUGCUGCUUUGAGAGAAACGCUCAGAUUUUGUAUAUGUUCAUGUUUUCUCUCUUCUCGUCUAGUUGACGACCUUUUAAGAUGAUCUGGAUUGCAAUGACUCGAAAUAUAUCGGUACACAUUUGCUGGUUUGGAGAACUUUUUAAAGUUAUGGAGUUCUGUAUACUCAACUUUUAUUAGUCUUCUAAGAAAUUGCUGUCUCUGAAUUGACUGUGAAGGGACCUUGAGACUGACGUUCUAAUAAUGCUGGGGCCGAUCUGCUUUAAUUGGAAGUGAGGACGCUGGGCCUUUUCCCAAUAACUCAGUGACCUCCUGGAUGUAACUCUGCAGGCCGUUUACUAUGAAACUGGUGUACAACCCGAAGGAAGGAGGAGUCUCGUGUGUGCGUGGGACUCCAGCAGCCCCAGCGGGUGCUCUUCCGUGAGGCUGUGACGUCACCUGUGAGCCCGAGUGAAUCUCAAGGCAUUUGAGUCUCUCAGAAAGAUGUCAGACGCACAGAGAGACCCUCUGGAAGCACCUGUGAGAAGGAGACGGGGUUGUGGUUUGGGAGGCGGACGACCACAGAGGAGAAGUGCCUGCUCGUCGUGUCCAGUCGGGGUGCUGGCUGGCCCCGCGGCUGCCUGGGUGAGGAGCGCCUGCAGUCCCGUCGGGCUGGAAGCGUCUCCAGGCUUCCAUUUUCCGAAGCGUUCAUUGCAUCAUGUGAGAACGUCUGAAGCGUUUGUUUUGCUUGAUGUCAUCCACGCUGUCAAGACUGUUAUUUUCUUAAAUGAACGUUUUGUCACUUGGAAAAGGAUCUGCUUUCUCCACCCACCAGAGACGGUUGACGAUGACGCGAUGGCGGCGUGAAUGAAGGCCUGGUGAGGAGGAAACGAUGCCCAAGGGUGGGUGUUCUAGAACCCCACAGCAGGAAGAGCGUUCCCUGAGCAGCGACAUGGUGGAGAAGCAGCCCGGGAAAAAGGAUAAAGAUAAAGUUUCUCUAACCAAGACCCCAAAGCUGGACCGCAGUGAUGGCGGGAAGGAGGUGAGAGAGCGAGCGACCAAGCGGAAGCUGCCCUUCACCGUGGGCGCCAAUGGAGAGCAGAAGGACUCGGACACAGAGAAGCAGGGUCCCGAGCGGAAGAGGAUUAAGAAGGAGCCCGUCACCCGCAAGGCCGGGCUGCUGUUCGGCAUGGGGCUGUCCGGGAUCCGCGCCGGCUACCCGCUCUCAGAGCGCCAGCAGGUGGCCCUCCUCAUGCAGAUGACGGCCGAGGAGUCUGCCAACAGCCCAGUGGACACGACACCAAAGCACCCCUCCCAGUCGACAGUGUGUCAGAAGGGGACGCCCAAUUCUGCCUCAAAAACCAAAGAUAAAGUGAACAAGAGAAAUGAGCGUGGAGAGACCCGCCUACACCGUGCGGCCAUCCGGGGGGAUGCCCGGCGUAUCAAGGAGCUCAUCAGCGAGGGGGCGGACGUCAACGUCAAGGACUUCGCAGGCUGGACUGCGCUGCACGAGGCCUGUAACCGGGGCUACUACGAUGUCGCGAAGCAGCUGCUGGCCGCCGGCGCAGAGGUGAACACCAAGGGCCUGGAUGACGACACGCCCUUGCACGACGCCGCCAACAAUGGGCACUACAAGGUGGUGAAGCUCCUGCUCCGGUAUGGAGGGAACCCUCAGCAGAGCAACAGGAAGGGCGAGACGCCGCUGAAGGUGGCCAGCUCCCCGACCAUGGUGAACCUGCUGCUGGGCAAGGGCACCUACACGUCCAGCGAGGAGAGCUCGGCCGAGAGCUCUGAGGAGGAAGACGACGCGCCCUCGUUCGCACCUUCCAGCUCAGUCGAUGGCAAUAACACGGACUCCGAGUUUGAGAAAGGCCUGAAGCACAAGACUAAGAAUCCGGAGCCCCAGAAAACCGUGACCCCCGUCAAGGACGAGUAUGAGUUUGACGAGGACGACGAGCAGGACAGAAUCCCCCCCGUGGACGACAAACACUUGCUGAAAAAGGAUUACAGGAAAGAAACCAAGUCCAAUAGUUUUAUUUCUAUACCCAAAAUGGAAGUGAAAAGUUACACUAAAAACAGCACGAUUGCACCAAAGAAGGCGUCUCAUCGCAUCCUGUCGGACACGUCAGACGAGGAGGACGUCGGUGUCGCCGUGGGGACCGGGGAGAAGCUGAGACUCUCGGCUCACACGAUGCUGCCUGGUAACAAGACACGGGAGCCUUCCAACUCCAAGCAGCAGAAGGAGAAAAAUAAAGUGAAAAAGAAGCGAAAGAAAGAAAUCAAGGGUAAAGAAGUACGGUUUGGGAAGAGGAGCGACAAGUUCUGCUCUUCCGAGUCCGAGAGCGAGUCUUCGGAGAGCGGCGGGGACGGCGGGGACUCGGCGGGGAGCCCCGGCUGCCUCAAGGGGUCUCCGCUGGUGCUCAAGGACCCUGCCCUGUUCAGCUCCCUGUCCGCCUCCUCCACCUCGUCCCACGGCAGCUCCGCCCCCCCGAAGCAUAACCCCAGCCACGCGGAUCCGCACGCCAAGCACUGGCGGACAGACAAUUGGAAAACCAUCUCCUCUCCAGCCUGGUCCGAGGUCAGCUCCUCAUCAGACUCCACGAGGACGAGACUGAGCAGCGAGUCUGACGGCUGCUCCGAGGCCUCCAGCGUGGAGUCGCUGAAGCCGGCCAGGAAGAGGCAGGAGCACAGGAAGAGGGCCGGCCUGCAGGGCACACUGCCCGACAGGAAGAACUCCUUCCAUCCCGGCGGGGACGGCGCCAUCCCCAAGCUGGACAAGGAGGGCAAAGUCGUCAAGAAACACAAGACGAAACAUAAGCACAAGAGCAAGGAGAAGGGGCUGUGCUCCGUCGGCCAGGAGCUGAAGCUGCGGAGCCUCGGCUUCGAGUACGAGGACUCCAAGCAGAGGGCAGACAAGGCGGCCCUCGUGGAUGACGCGCCCGCCGAGAGCAAGCUGAAGGGCCCGAAGCACGAGCGGGAGCAUCGCAAGAGAGAGGAGAGGCUCGGCAGAAGCAAGGCGGAGGACAAAGAGUGGCUCUUCAAGGACGAGAUGAUCAAGGCCUCCCGAGAGGAGAAGUCACUCAAGAGAAUCAGGGACCUGAACAAGGAGGGGGGCAGGGCCUUCCGGGAGGAGAAGGACCGUUCCAUCAAAGCCGACAAGGAGAAAUCGCUGAAGGAAAAAUCUCCCAAAGAGGACAAGCUGAGGCUCUACAAAGAGGAAAGGAAGAAGAAGUCCAAAGACAGGCCCUCAAAAUUAGAGAAGAAGAAUGACUUUAAAGAGGAUAAAAUUUCAAAAGAGAAGGAGAAGACCUUCAAAGAGGAUAAAGACAAACUCAAAAAAGUGUACAGGGAGGAUUCUGCCUUUGACGAAUACUGCAACAAAAGUCAGUUUCUGGAGAACGAAGACACUAAGUUCAGUCUUUCUGAUGAUCAGGGUCGGUGGUUUUCUGACUUCUCCGAUUCAUCCUUCGAUUUCAAAGGGGAAGAUGGCUGGGACUCUCCGGUGACGGACUACAGGGACCUGAAGAGCGAGUCUGUGGCCAGGCUGAUCCUGGAGACGGUGAAGGAGGACAGUAAGGAGAAGAGGCGGGAGAGCAAGGCCCGGGAGAAGCGCGUGGACAAGGACAUCUUCUCUCGGAAGAAGGACAGGGACUGCCUGGAACGGGGCUCGGAGCGGAGGCGAGAGCACGCUGCCGACAGGCACAGGGCCGUGCCCGGCUACCUCUGCGAGAAGGACAAGAGGCGGCGAGAGUCUGCGGAGGGCGGCCGGGACAGGAAGGAGCCCCCCGAGGCUGCCAGGGAGCGGAGAGAGGGCCGUGCGAAGCCCGACGAGGUGCCCAGGGAGGACCUGAAGGAGUACGGCUGCGAGGGAGUCUUCAAGGACAGGCCCGACUGCGACUUCGGGAAGAGCCUGGAGCCCUGGGAGAGGCAUCACCCGGCGAGGGAGAAGGAGAAGAAGGAGAGGCUAAAGCUCGAGAAGCAUAAAGAGAAGCCCAGUGACAAGGACAGAAACGAGAAACUGAUCCCGGAGAAGUGUCAGAAGGACAGAGAGUUUGAGAAGUGUUUCAAAGAGAAAAAGGACACCAAGGAAAAGCAUAAAGACGUGCAUGGCAAAGACAAAGAGAGAAAAGCAUCUCUCGACCCAGGUAAGGACAAACGGGAGAAGACUUUCCCCGGAAUUCUCUCCGAGGACUUCUCUGAAAAAAAAGAUGAGAAGAAGGGCAAAGAGAAAAGCUGGUACAUUGCAGAUAUCUUCACUGAUGAGAGCGAAGAUGAAAAAGAUGAUUACACAGCGAGCGGAUUCAAAGUCGGGGAGGCCGGCGAGGGGCGGGGGGACGGCCCCCCCGAGAGGGAGGACGGGCGGGAGCCGCACGCCCCCGACAGGCACCGGAAGCACUCGGCCUCGGCCGACAGGCAGCACGCGGAGAAGCAGAAAGACAAAGAGAUCAGAGAGAAGAGGAAGGAGAAGGGCGCCGCCGCCGACGGGGGGAAGGACAAGAAGGACAAGACCUCGGAGAAGCACAAAGACAAGAAGGACAGGGAGUCCGCGGAAAAGUACAGGGACAGGAAGGACCGCGCGUCGGCGGACUCCACCCAGGACAGGAGGACCAAGCAGAAGCUGCCCGAGAGGGGGGACAAGAGGCCCCCCGCGGAGGACAAGGCCAAGAGCAGGCACCGGGAGCGGCCGGACCGGGAGCAGGGCCGCGAGAGGAAGGCGAGCAAGGGCGCCGACGCGGAGAAGAGCCUGCUGGAGCGGCUGGAGGAGGCGGCGCUGCAGGACUUGCGCGAGGACUCCAACGACAAGGCCAGCGACGCGUCGUCGGACGGCUUCCCCGACCGCGGCCACGACCCGGGCCUCGGCGCCCUCCUGGAGGUGCCCUUCCCGGAGCCCCCGGAGGAGCGGGCGCGGGACAGGGAGCGGCACCGGCACGCCUCGUCCUCCUCCAAGAAGAGCCACGACCGAGAGCGGGUCCGGAAGGACAAGCCCGAGAAGAAGGAGAAGAGCGACGAGGCCAAGGACGCGGCCGGCCGGAAGGACGCGGGCCAGUACGAGAAGGAGGUCCCCGAGGCCGACGCUUACGGCCUCUCCUACAGCAUCAAGGCCGACGCAGAGGACGAGUUAGAGAAGACCAUCGAGCUGUUCUCUUCCGAAAAGAAGGAGAAAAAUGAUGCCGAAAGAGAAGCUCCCAAGAAGGUCGAGAAGGAACUGAGGCCUUACGGCUCUAGUACCGUGAGCCUCCCAAAGGAGAAGCGGCGGCGGGAGAAGCGCCGGGAGCGGUGGCGGGACGAGAGGGAGCGGCCCCCGCGGCACCACCGGGAGGAGCUCAAGGCCGCGGCCAGGGACAGGGACAACGCGCCCGGCCCCUUCCGGGACAAGCCCAAGGACGAGGGCGGGAGGCUCGGCGAGGCCAGGCUGAAGGAGAAGGUCAGGGAGAGUCUGGAGAAAGAAAAGGGCGACCCCGUGAAGCUCAGCAACGGGAACGACAGGCUCCUCCCACUCAGAGAGCCCGGGAAGAAAGACGCCCGGCCCCGGGAGAAGCUCCUGGGCGACGGGGACCUGAUGAUGACGAGCUUCGAGCGCAUGCUCUCCCAGAAGGACCUGGAGAUCGAGGAGCGCCACAAGCGGCACAAGGAGAGGAUGAAGCAGAUGGAGAAGCUGCGCCACCGGUCUGGUGACCCCAAGCUCAAGGAGAAGGCCAGGCCCGCCGAGGACGGGCGGAAGAAGGGCCUGGACGGCCCGCCGAAGAAGCCGCUGGUGCUGGACCCUGCCCCGAAGGACAGGAAGCUCAAGGAGUCGGCUCCUGCCGCCCCUGCCGCCGAGAACAAGCCCCACCCGGGGCCCGCUGUGGACCCCCGAGACUGGCUGGCAGGCCCCCACAUGAAAGAGGUCUUGCCCGCUUCCCCCAGGCCAGACCACGGCCGGCCCACCGGGGUCCCCACCCCCGCCUCGGUGGUGUCCUGCCCCAGCUACGAGGAGGCCAUGCACACGCCCCGGACCCCGUCCUGCAGCGCCGAGGACUACCCCGACCUCGUGUUCGACUGCCCGGACCCCCAGCCCGCGUCCAGCACGCCCGCCAGCGCCUGCUCGCCCUCCUUCUUUGACAGGUUCUCCGUGGCCGCCAGCGGCAUGUCAGAAACCCCGGGCCAGACACCUACGAGGCCGCUGUGCACGAACCUUUACCGCUCGGUGUCCGUGGACAUCAGGAGGACCCCCGAGGAAGAGUUCGGACUCGGGGACAAGCUGUUCAGACAGCAGAGCGUCCCUGCUGCGCCCAGCUACAGCUCGCCGGGGCAGCACCCGGAGGACAAGGCCCCGGGGCCCCCAGCACCCACCGAGAAGUUCGCCUGCUUGUCUCCGGGCUAUUACUCCCCGGACUAUGGCAUCCCCUCCCCCAAAGCGGACGCCUUGCACUGCCCGCCUGCGGCCGCAGCCAACAUCACCCCCUCCCCCGAGGGCGCCUUCUCCGGCUUGCCGACAAAGUCCCCCCCUUCACACAGAGACGAGCUCUUGGCCCCGUCCAUGGAGGGCGCCCUUCCCCCUGACCUUGGCAUUCCCCUGGAUGCCACGGAGGACCAGCAGGCCACCGCGGCCAUCAUCCCCCCAGAGCCCAGCUUCCUGGAGCCCCUGGACGAGGGCCCCUUCAGCACCGUCAUCACGGAGGAGCCAGUGGCGUGGGCGCACCCCGCCGCUGUGGAGCAGGGCCUCCCCUCUGGCCUCAUCGGGGGCGCCCCCGAAAACCCUGCCAGCUGGCCCGUGGGGUCGGACCUCCUGCUGAAGUCCCCACAGAGGUUCCCAGAGUCCCCGAAACAUUUCUGCCCUGCCGAGUCCCUCCCCCCGGAGCCCCCUUACCCGGUGUCCCCCGUCUCAUACCCUCUGUCGGUCCCCGAGCCGGGACUGGAAGUCAAGGACGAGGCCGGGGAGGCGGGCUCGGGCGCGGUCUCUGCUUCAGAAGAGCCGGCCGCGUUCGCCCCUCCCUCCAGGCUGGAGUCCUUCUUCAGUAACUGCAAGUCCCUUCCGGAGGUGCCCCCCGACGCGCCCCCCGAGCCUGCGUGUGUGACGACGGCCGUGGCUCAGGUGGAGGCCCUGGGUCCCCUGGAGAGUAACUUCCUGGAAAGUGGCCACAACCUGCCUGCCCUCGGCCAGGUGGAGCCGGUGCCCUGGCCCGGUGCCUUCCCCGCCACCGAGGAUGACCUCGACCUGGGACCUUUCUCGCUGCCGGAGCUUCCUCUCCAGACGAAGGAUGUUUCUGACGUCGAGGCAGAGCCUGUGGAAGAGAGUCCUCUCGUUGCUCUGGACAACACCCCCGCGCUCCCCGGCGGCGGGGACGCCUCGGUGGCAGCUGCUGAUGAACAGCUGGUGCUGCCUCCCGACCACGUGGCCGCCCGGCUCGCUGCCGAGCCUGCACCGGAGCCCCCAGCGGAGCCGAAGCCGGCCGCGCUGCCCGAGGCCACGGUGGAGGCCGGGGCCGGGCCGGAGGGGAGGGCCCCCGAGGACUCCGACCCUGGCUCUGGCCCCGCACCAGCCCCCUCGGAGCAGCGUCCACCGGGGAGUGGGGACGAUCGGGCCGGGGGCCCCGAGCCCUCGGCCACGCCCCACAGUGCUCCCGACGCCCCCGGGGACGGCUCGGCCCAGGCCCGCGCGGCGGAUGGGGCCGGCCCCCAGGACAGUGCAGGGCUCGAGGGGCCUGCGGACGGCGUCCAGCCUGAGGCCCCCGAACCGGAACCCAAGGCGACCGCUGAAGCCCCCAAGGCGCCCAAGGUGGAGGAGAUCCCCCAGCGCAUGACGAGGACCCGGGCCCAGAUGCUGGCCAACCAGCACAAGCAGAGCUCGCCGCCCACCGAGAAGGAGCCUGCGGCCGCGCCCGCCCCCAGGGCCAAGGGCCGUGGCUCGGAGGACGACGACCCCCAGGCCCAGCACCCGCGCAAACGCCGCUUCCAGCGCUCCAGCCAGCAGCUGGCCCAGCAGAUGCACACGUCCACACGUCAGACGCGGGAGGUGAUCCAGCAGACGCUGGCGGCCAUCGUGGACGCCAUCAAGCUGGACGACAUCGAGCCUUACCACAGCGACAGGUCCAACCCGUACUUCGAGUACCUGCAGAUCCGGAAGAAGAUUGAGGAGAAGCGCAAGAUCCUCUGUUACAUCAGCCCGCAGGCGCCCCAGUGCUACGCCGAGUACGUCACCUACACCGGCUCCUACCUCCUGGACGGCAAGCCGCUCAGCAAGCUGCACAUCCCCGUGAUCGCGCCCCCUCCCUCCCUGGCGGAGCCCCUGAAGGAGCUGUUCAAGCAGCAGGAGGCCGUGCGUGGGAAGCUGCGCCUGCAGCACAGCAUCGAGCGGGAAAAGCUGAUCGUCUCCUGCGAACAGGAGAUCCUGCGGGUUCACUGCCGGGCGGCGAGGACCAUCGCAAACCAGGCGGUGCCGUUCAGCGCCUGCACCAUGCUGCUGGACUCGGAGGUGUACAACAUGCCACUCGAGAGCCAGGGUGACGAGAACAAGUCGGUGCGAGACCGCUUCAACGCCCGCCAGUUCAUCUCGUGGCUGCAGGACGUGGACGACAAGUACGACCGCAUGAAGGUGUGCGGGGAGCAGCUCCUGUCACCAGCUGGCGGUCAGACCUCUGUGGGACCCCACCUUGAGCCCUCCUCAAAGACGUGUCUCCUGAUGCGGCAGCAGCACGAGGCCGCGGCCCUCAACGCCGUGCAGAGGAUGGAGUGGCAGCUGAAGGUGCAGGAGCUGGACCCCGCCGGGCACAAGUCCCUGUGUGUGAACGAGGUGCCGUCCUUCUACGUGCCCAUGGUCGACGUCAACGAUGACUUCGUGCUCCUUCCGGCCUGACGCGGUGGGACAGCUGCCCGGGUCACAGGCGAGCCCCCCGAGUCCGCCGCCGAGUCCGGGCGGUGGAAGGAGACCAUGUCCCCGGUGGGGACACCCAGGGAGAAGCCCGCGCUGGGCCCCUGGCACGCGGCUCUCUUAACACCCGCCGCCGCGGGAGGACGAGGAGCCGGGGACGCGGGCACGGACACGGCAGCCUCAGGCCCUUUCCGGCGGCUGCACGGGCAUCUCAGGAGCUGCAGGACGGAGAGCAUUUUUUAAAUUCCUUGUUCCAUUUCUGAUCGACUAAAGAGAAUAAAUUAAGGCGUCCACCCCUCAGCAACAGCGGCCUUCGGGUCGGAGGGUGGGGAGAGCUUCGGGCCGGCUGCCGUCCCGUCGCCACGAAGCUGCCAACGGUGCCGGCCCGAGACCGGGGCUGGGACGCCGGGCCGGGUGAGGGCCUGGCUGCGCCGCCCGCCCGCCUCACAGGGACACGCAGGCAGGACUCCGGGUUGUGUUUUUAAUGGAGUCAAAUCCACGUGGUUUGUAUACUUUUUCCUUUAAUCUUGGGCAUUUUGUUUCUCUUUCUGAGAACAUAACUUGAAACACUACAGAGCCAAUAAUCAUAUAAAAAGUGUACCCGUAAACGCUGUACAGUUUUAUACACGUUCACAAUGUACUUUUGCUGCCUUCUAGAUAAUUUAUUUUGCAACACAUUACUGCACAGUUGUAAAUAACUUAUGUACUGUAACAUCACUUCAGUUAUGUGUAAAGAAAUA